CCCGUCCCGCCCCAGUCGUAGCUCGGCGGGGCCGAGAGGUCACGUGGCGGGGGGGUGGCGGAUCCCCGCGAUGGGGUGGCGGCUGCUGUGGCUGCUGUGCGCCGGGGGCGCCGCCUGGAGCAAGACGCUGCGGGGCGGCUUCGUCAGCUCCGCCGCCCGGCUGGAGCCCUGGCGGCCGGUGGCACGCUUCCAGUUCCGCGGUGACCAUGCUGUUCUGUGUGUCAGAAUCACCAAUGUAGCAGCAGCUGUGACAAAAGAAGCCAGACUUCACCUGUUUCAAGCACAGGAAUGGCUGAAGUUGCAGAAUCACAUCCAGGAUCACAGCUGUACAGAGAAAUUCUCUAAAGCUCAACUGACAAUGACUGUGAACCACACAGAGCAAAAUCUGACAGUGUCCCAGAUUCCUUAUCCGGAGACAUGGUAUGUGUUUUAUGUAGACAAGUUUACCUGCGAGGAGAAUUAUUCUGAAUCCGAGGAUAUUCAGUUUGAAAUGGUCUUACUAAAUCCAGAUGCAGAAGGGAAUCCAUUAGAUCACUUUAGCGCAGGGGAGUCUGGAUUACAUGAAUUCUAUUUCCUGCUUGUCCUAGCAUACUUUGUAACUGCUUGCAUAUAUGCACAGUCCCUAUGGCAGACAAUUAAGAAGCAUGGACCAAUGCAUACUGUAUUAAAGGUGCUCUCAAUUGCAUUAUUGUUGCAGGCUGGUUCAGCUCUUGCCAACUACUUGCAUUUCUCAAGUUAUUCCAAGGAUGGAAUAGGAGCACCUUUUUUGGGAAGUCUGGCAGAAUUGUGUGACAUAGUCUCUCAGAUACAAAUGCUUUAUUUGUUGUUGAGUCUGUGUAUGGGUUGGACAAUAGGCAGAAUGAAGAAAUCUCAUAGCAGACCUCUUCAGUGGGAUUCCACUCCAACAUCUACUGGCAUUGCUGUAGUAGUUGUUGUUACACAGAGCUUUUUAUUAAUUUGGGAACAGUUUGAAGAUACUAAUCAUCACAGCUACCACUCACACCAUGGCUUAGCAAGUGGACUACUUAUUGGCCUCAGAGUUUGCCUAGGUUUGUCACUGGCUGCUGGUCUUUACCAGAUCAUCACAGUGGAGAGAAGCACGCUGAAAAGGGAAUUCUAUAUUACCUUUGCCAAAGCCUGCAUUCUCUGGUUUCUGUGCCACCCAUGUCUUGCAACCGUUUCUGUAAUAUUCAGAGAAUAUCAAAGGGAAAAGAUUAUUACCAUAGGCGUUAUCCUCUGUCAGUGCAUCUCCAUGGUUAUCCUCUACAGACUUUUUCUCUCUCAUAGUCUAUAUUGGGAAGUAUCUUCACUGUCAUCAGUGACAUUGCCACUAACAGUAUCCUCUGGACAUAAAAGUCGACAUCGCUUCUGAGAUGUUUAGGAAGAAUACAUUAUGUAAAAAAUGUGCAAUAAUGAUCUAAAUAUGCAGGUAUUUUUGUCACAGGUAUGUGAUACAUUGGUUUCACUGGAAGACUGGGUGACACUAUCAGAGCAUUUCACGGAACUUUGGUUUGACAAGGUCCUUAGGUUAAUCUGUUAAAGUACUGUUGAGUGGAAAAAUCCGUCAUUUGAAUGAUUUCCUAAAAAUGGUGUGUGUGUAGCAUGUGGUGCUGAGCCAUAGCACAGGAAACUGUAAGGAAUCUUUCCCAUUCACAGCCACAAAAAAAUGUCGUUACUUUAUUUAUAUCAAUACCAAGUUUGAAAGUCUUAUAAAAUACAGUACUUAAAAUGUCUACAAGCUCAAACAAGUCUGAUAUAGGCCAGUUGUGAAAUUGAUGUGAUGCCUUACAAUGAAUACAAGUUUUUUUUGGUUUUGUUUUUUUGGGUUUUUUUUUUCAUUCUUUAGGAAAAAAAUGCAUUUUAUGUAUAAGUAUAAAAGAAAGGGAAACAAAAGAGGGAAAGUCCACUAAAAACGUAUAUAAAAUGUUUACAGCUAUCUACAGGAAACUUUCCUUUAUUGUUGGUGUAAAAUAAAGGCUUUUUUUGCAAUUCCUGUUCAUAUUGGUUAGAGCUGUGGUGAGAAUGGGAACAGAGUUUGUAUUUUCCUUUUUUGAAGUAAAUGUAACUAAAAAUUUCACCUAGUAGUGAAGAUCUAAGCAAUAUUUGAGGCUUAAGAAGAUACAGCAACAUAAAGGUAAUUAAAACAGCAGGCUCACAUCUUUUUUUUUUUUAAAAAAAAAAAAGAGAAAAAGGAAUGGGUGAUGUGGCACUAGAAUUUUAAUCCUGAUAUAAUUCAUUUCUCUUACAUUGAGGAUUCAAUCAUAAUUAAGCCAUAUACACAGAUUAAAUUAACAGAAGCAUUUCAUAUAAAUGUUGGUUUCAGUCAUCAACUACCCAUGAAUUCCUGCCCAAGGAUACUUAAUCAGGAUUAAAUUUUCUAUGAAUAAUUGAAAAACAAAAUACUCACUGGAUUUGUUAUAAUCCAUGUUGGCACUGAGUUCUAAGUAGUUGCCAUCUUCCAUCCAUUGUAAUAAAGCCAUACUACUUUGUGAUGCCCUAGCAUUCAGAAAAACAGUGUAAAUAUAUACUUUAUUGAAGUGCCUAUUUAUUAAGUAUGAUUAGAUCGUGCUGACAUUUUCCUUCAUAAUAAGAACUUACCUAUUACCAUUGUGACUGCAGUCACUCUUGGAUUUUCUUUAAUUAUUUGUCAUAUUUUAGCUUUCUUCCCAUAAACAUGCAUCUCUUCGCAACACUGAUUUUUAUUUUCAGGUAAAUUAACGUUCGUUUCUUCUUAAUGGUAUGCAUCUAAUUAUGCCUCUAUGAAAACGUGAAGACACCAGGGUUCUAGCUUCAAAACAGCCCUAACUUUUCAUUCAUGUUUGCUUCAGAUGUGAGCAUAGUUGAAACGUAAGUCUAUUGCAUUUCAGUUUAGAGGUGAAAGUAGACAUUUGCCUUUGACUAAGGCAAAAUGGCAACAUGACAAAGUUGCUCAUUAAAUCAUCUCCUUUCUUAUUGUUUGUAAUUCAGAUCAAGAAUGGCAGGUUGAGGCUGGAAAAGAUGAGAUAUCAUGAUUUCACACAAUCUUCAGAAUGAUUAAAAGAUUAAUUAUUACAUUCCUCUGAUAACCACACAAAAAUAUUAUUGGUUAAAACUUCAGUCUUUAUUUCCCUGCUUAUCUCUGUACUUUUCAUCUUCUCAAGAAAAAAGCAUCCUGUUUUUGAUAAGUCUCCAAUAAUGCAGUAGAAGAGUUCUAUCUGUCCUCAUGUAUAAGACAUGAAAUUCACAUAUAAAAUAGAGUUUUCUGAUAGACACAAGAGCUCCUUUAUAGUUUAUGAUCAGUCAUGAUAAAAGUUUUAACCUAUGCAGAAAAACUGCGUGUGACUUUCACAAUAGACGCUCUGUUUUACUCUCCAGGAGUAUUUUCUUGCUUCCUGUAGUAGCUCUGACUUCAAUCCAUCCGUAUUAAAGUAAAUGGCAUCUUAAUUUUCCCUUCUAAAUACACCCUACAACAAUUCGUAAAACACAUUCAGAAUUCAUAGUUCAUCAGGGUAUAAAUGUGAAGUAUAAGAUGUUGUCUCUUAGUCUUUUCUAGAUUGCCCCGUAAAUCAACAGGUAACAUGAUUCUUUUAGUCUCAUGGUAAGCUGUACCACGGACAUGCAUUUCUGCUCGGUCCUAUUAGCACUCUUUCCUAACUGUCAUCCACAGAUUUUAAGGUAUUAAAUCAUUUAAGGUAUUAAAUCAUUAUGUAUGCUGUAGCAUUUAGGUCAGUAUCACUAUGAUAAUAUUCAAGAUGUCCAUUAAUGUGGUAUAUAUCUGUGGGGAUAGGGGGCCUGAAAUCUUCAAAUAUGAGCUGUUUACAAAACUUCAUGCUUACCUGUACUCUAGCUUGAAGCUUACUGCCUGUGGAUCGUGCCUGAGGAAUGGCUUGAAUAUGUGAAAGCCUGUCUCUUCUUCCUGACUCACGUCUUCCAUGGGACCAGCUGAUAAAACCUUGGUUUUUUUCAUGCUUAUUCACACAGUUACCCAAUUUAUCAAUUUGGUUUCAUAACCACCUCUUAGGAGAAUAGCUUCCAGCCAAGCUUUUAGUCGUCUUCAGUAAGUGCACCCUGAACAACUCUCUGUUCGUAAAAUGUGUUUCCAUCACCCCAGCACCCCCCAAAAAAAAAAGUUUGUGUUGCAGAACUGCAGUUCUGGCGGAGAUCUGAGCAACUCAUACCCACCUCAGCUACGGGCCAAGUGACAGCAGUGGACAAAAGCACUCCUUUAGCACAGCCGUAGCCCCAGUGUGUCGAGGGCAUGGUUUGUGCCAGCUGAAAGCGGCUGCCCACCCAGGGAGCUCUCAGCAGGAGGGCUGUAGCCGGGUUGCAGCCUGCCUGCUACCUCGCAGAGAGAAACAUGCUCCGUGUAAAGGCAGCACUACCAGCUGCUGGCCGGGCUGAACGGCACUAUUUAGUAGAGGUUGAAUGGCAACUUCGUACUUGUUAGGGUUUGUGCGUUACAUGGUUCUGUUAAAAAUAAAGUUGCAGAGAAAGAGUGUACUAA